AUGCGCCCAGCCCUCAUUGUCCCUGAAGGGCUCGUCCACGAAUCGCCUGUUCAAACGCCUAGAUCCGAGGGAGGAACAACGAAAACAGAUCUAGCCAUCCAGGUCGUCUUUAAGAAUGUAGAACUUAGUCACCUUAGGUCGCUUUUGAGGUUUUUCCAUAAGGCAUUCACAUCCAGAGAGGAUGGCAGUUUAAACCUCGUCUCGGCCUCAUCCACUCCCCCAGCAGGAGUCGAACCCGGGUCAGAAGGCAGACAAGAAGUUUAA